AAUGCCUCUUCGUGGCUUACAGGACUAGUAAAUUAAAUUAAUUUAAAUUAAUUUAAUCAAAGCUAAAUUUCUUUUUUAUCUUUUUAUCAAAUAAUUAUUAAAUAGGCUUAAAUGCUUUCUUUCAAGAAUAUAACAAGUCCAAUGGAUCAGUUUGAGGUCAGAAAUUUACUUAGUUUAGAUGUACCAUUGUUAGGUAAUAUUAAUAUGUCUAUAACCAAUAUAGGGUUAUAUUUAAUAAUUGAAUCAAUCUAUGCAACAAUUCAUAGUAUAGUUGUGAGUCAAAUAAAUGCAGCUAAAGGUCAGAUCUACUUUCCUUUUAUUUACUCACUAUUUAUAUUUAUUCUAAUUAAUAAUCUUUUAGGUAUGGUAGAAGCGAGCCCAUACGAUAAUAUUGAUAAUAUCUUUACUUUUGCUUCAACAUCUCAUUUUAUUUUAACAUUUUCAAUUAGUUUUACUAUAGUUUUAGGAGCAACUUUAUUAGGGUUUCAAAAGCAUGGCUUAGGGUUUUUCUCACUUUUCGUUCCAGCAGGGUGUCCUUUAGCCUUGGCUUACUACCUUUUUCUAGUUUUAAUAGAGUUUAUCUCGUAUUUAUCUAGAGCUAUAUCUUUAGGUUUAAGACUUGCACCUAACAUCGUUUCAGGACAUUUACUGCUUGCAAUUCUAAGUGGUUUAACAUAUAACAUCAUGGCUACCGGUUUAUUAUCAUUUAUAAUUGGAUUACUUCCUUUGUCUUUUAUCAUUGCUUUCUGUGGUUUAGAAAUUGCUAUAGCUUUCAUUCAAGCUCAGGUGUUCGUAGUUUUGACUGCUUCUUAUAUAAAAGACGCUUUAGAUUUACAUUAA